GGCUCCCAUUAUGACCUACUUUAGAGGAUUGGUUCCUCGCAGUGGGUCUUUGUUCCUCGGAAGCCGAGCCCAAUUUCAGCCCCACCACAUCUUUCUCACCACGCCGUAACCCCGCCAUUAAAAUAUAACAACUUAAAAUAUACCAUCAGAGCUAAAGUAACGAUGUCUGGAAUUAAAGAAUACGCCCUCCUUUGCUUGGAGAACCCAUUGCUUGAGCUCUCAUCAGCUUCGAGUGUAGAGAAUUUCGAGAUUCGAGUCUAUCCAUUCUUGAGGGAAAAAAGCUAUCUCUAUCUAAGCUUUCAACUUAUCUUUUGCGAAUAUACCUAUCCAGCUGAGGCUAACUCUAUCUCCAGAUAUCCAAGCCCAAGGAAACCAAGCUCUCCUCGACAAAUACGGCCUCAAGCCUAACGAUGCCAUCCUCGCUGAAGAAAAACACGCCGCCAUCUACGAGGAUCUCCUCAACAACUACUCCGCCAAAUUGAUUGCCGGAGGUGGAGCCCAAAACACUGCUCGUGGAGCCCAAUACAUUCUCCCACCCAACAGCGUUGUAUUCCUCGGUGGAGUCGGCGACGACAAAUAUGCCGCCAUCUUGCACGAUGCUGUCAAGACCGCCGGUCUCCGCGUUGAAUACCGCGUUGACAAGACCCAACCCACCGGACGCUGUGGAGUUGUGAUCACUGACCACAACCGAUCCAUGUGUACCGAUUUGGGCGCUGCCAACCACUACGACUUGGAGCACUUGAAGUCCCCCGAGGUCUGGAAGUUGGUUGAGAAUGCUACACACUACUUUGUCGGUGGAUAUCAUUUGACCGUUUGCCCACCAGCUAUCCAAGCUCUUGCUGAAGAGGCUGCCAAGAACAACAAGGCAUUUGUCUUCUCCCUCUCUGCACCAUUUAUCUCUCAGUUCUUCAAGGAGCCUCUUGAUGCUACUGCUCCUUACUGGGAUUAUGUCAUUGGUAACGAGACUGAGGCUUUGGCAUGGGCUGAAAGCCAUGGUGUCGAGUCCAAGGAUAUCAAGGAGAUUGCUAAGGCAUUGGCUGCUUUGCCAAAGGAGAACAAGAAGAGAGAGAGAGUUGCUAUUAUCACCCAAGGAACUCUUCCUACUGUUGUCGCUGUCAACGGACAAGAUGUUAAGGAAUAUCCUGUCCAUGCCAUCGACAAGAACUUGAUCAACGAUACCACAGGUGCAGGAGAUGCUUUCGCUGCUGGCUUUACUGCUGGUUUGGUUGCUGGAGAACCUCUCGAUAAGUGCGUUGAUCAAGGACAAUGGUUAGCUAAGUUGAGCAUUCAGGAGUUGGGCCCUUCAUUCCCCUUCCCUAAGCAGACUUACAAGCCUACCAGCCAAUAGAUACCUAUAAGCUAUUUCCCAUUCUGAUUCUAGACGGCGUUCAGGUGAUGGUUUCAACAACAGGAGCGUCUACAAUCGAAAUGAUGUAGUGCAUGAUGCAUUGACCUUACGAUCCUCCACGAUCAAUUCAUAGAGCUAGCGUGUUUUUUAGAAACCCAAUAAAAAGUUAUUUACUGAUAUCUGUUUUGAUAACUCUCAGUUACAGCUUCUGACUGCGAUUUUCUUACAAUGUGCCCA